AUGUUUUACUUUCACUGUCCUCCACAGUUAGAGGGAGAGUGCUGCAGGACCAACACAUUGAACACAAAUGGGUUUGGGAAUCACGCCUCUGGAGACUUUGAUGACGGUUUUCUGCGCAGAAAACAACGCAGAAACAGGACGACCUUCACUUUACAACAGUUGGAGGCUUUGGAGGCGGUUUUUGCGCAGACCCACUAUCCAGACGUGUUUACGAGAGAAGAGCUGGCUAUGAAAAUCAACCUAACGGAGGCUCGUGUCCAGGUGUGGUUCCAAAAUCGAAGGGCAAAGUGGAGAAAAACAGAGAGAGGAACUUCAGACCAGGAGGGAAGCAAAGAACAAAUGAGUGACGGCAUCCCUCCUGCACGAAACCUCAACCAGUCUCCUGUUGACCACGGCAGAAAUAAGAAAGAACCAAUGGAACUACAGCACAAUAUUAACAGAGUGGUGGGUUCAGGUGGACCUUUUUUCCCAUCUUGUCUGCCUGGGACUCUGCUGAACACAGCCACUUACGCACAAGCCCUUUCACAAGUGGCAACUUUAAAAGGAAGUCCACUGUGUUCCUGCUGUGUGCCUGACCCAAUGGGCCUCUCCUUCCUGCCACCAUAUGGGUGCCAGAGUAACCGGACAGCCAGUGUCGCAGCCCUGCGGAUGAAGGCCAGGGAACAUUCGGAGGCAGUGCUGCAGUCAGCCAACCUGCUGGGGGCAGGGUCUACAACCGGGACUGGAGCAGGUCCAGGGGUCGGGCUGGGCCAAAGCACUGUUUCUGUGGGAGGAAGCGAUUCCAGUCCUAACUCCGGUACCUCUAAGAUCACAUCAAUACGGAGAACUCCAGACAAACAUCUGCACUGCCAAAAGGAGGGUCCGGAUAAGAAAUGA